GAAGCAACAGCAGCAAUGCAAGAUGGGUGAAGGAAUUGGGGGUUGGGUCGGGUCGGUGCCAUGAGCCAAACCGAGUAACCAACCACCAGACCAGAACGGGAAUAGCAGCCAUCUCAUCCAUGCUCGCUUGUUCCUUGACGCAUUCCACAACCGCAUCCCGGCCGGUCGUCGUCAUCCAUGGAUCGCUUCCUUACAAAUACAAGCUACAUGCCCAAGCACCAAGAGAAUAAAUAUCGAUUUCACUUCAAUACCACACAGCAUUCGAUCGAUCAUGGCAUCUUCUUCCUCCUCCUCGGUCAGGCAGAGGCCAGCCACUGCGGUCUCCGCCGCCGCUCAGCAGCCACAGCUCCUCCAAGACGACCAGCAAGACCUCCUCCUCCCCAAGCAAGAACCAGAAGCAGCACCCUCGCCGCCGCCGCCUCCUCCACGUUCGCCGUUGUCGCAGGCGCUGACGUCGACGGCGAACCUCGCGAACCUGCUGCCGACGGGGACGCUGCUGGCCUUCAACCUGCUGUCGCCGACCUUCACCAACCAUGGCGCCUGCGACGCCACCACGGCGCUCCUCACCCGGGGCCUCCUCGCAGUCCUCGCCCUCUCCUGCGUCCUCGCCUCCUUCACCGACUCCCUCAAGGGCCCCGACGGCCGCGUCUACUACGGCGUCGCCACGCCCAGGGGGCUCUGGCUCAUCGACUACCCGCCCGGCGCGCCGCCGCCGGCCGCCGACACCGCCAGGUACAGGCUCGCCUUCGUCGACUUCGUGCACGCCGCGCUCUCCGCCGCCGUCUUCGGGGUAGUCGCGGCGAGGGACAAGAACGUCGUCAGGUGCUUCUGCCCGGCGCCGGCAAGGGAGACGGAGGAGGUGCUCGACAUCCUGCCGCUCGGCGUCGGCGUCCUCUGCAGCCUGCUCUUCGUCGCCUUCCCAACCAGGCGACACGGCAUCGGAUACCCCGUCACCAACGGCAGUUAAGCCGAUCAUACACUGAUUGCUCGUCACGACUACUACAUGUAUCGUCAAUUAUUGAUCUCUUCAUGAUUAUUGGAGCAAUAUAAUGCUUGGCCAGGUUCAUUGCU